AGUUAUAACAACACAGUAACUGCACUUCAGCUUCCCUGUUUACCCCUCCAAGGUUCAUAAACUGGAGCUCACUGCUGCGGAAAGUUACGAAAAUGUCAAAGAUUACGAAGUGACAACUAGUCUGACAGAGCAGGACAAAAACAGGGAAACCAAGCACUCACACAUAUACAGUAUUACGGUGGAAUCCGCCUUGCUUUGAGAUCUGUGCUCUACUACAGGAAAUACAGCACGGAGCGUAGGGAUACUCCACGUCUGGUUUGGAUGCUACAAAUGAGUGUACCUGCAACAGCGGCACAGAAAUCAGACAGCAACAACAGUGAAAUGCAAUCAGCUGCAGUAGCUCCCUCCUUCAUCCCCAGCCAGUCAGGGAAGAUACCGGGCAGGAAGAGAGGGAGACCUCCACUCCGCAAUGUCGCCAAGAUGGAUUUUCCUAAUCGUUACCCAGAUUCGCUCCCUCCGCUCAAAGUGCCAAAGAAGAGAGGGAGAAAGCCGGGCUUCAAGCUCAAACCCAGGAUGGUGAUGACACCGCUGGCUAUCUCUCCACCCAGCAGCACCCCUGAGCCUGAUAUGAGCUCCAUUCCUCAGGAUGCUGCCACUAUCCCUCACUCUGCCACACCCCAGGUGCUCACAGUCUGCAUCUACAUCAACAAGCAGGCCAACACGGGUCCCAACCUGGACAGAAAGAAGAUCCAGCAGCUCCCUGAUCACUUCGGACCCGACAGGCCCUCCGUGGUGCUGCAGCAGGCCGUCCAAGGCUGCAUCGACAGUGCCUUCCAACAGAAAACAGUGUUCACUCUCCUCACACAAGGCUACGGGGGAGAAAAAAUAUCAGGUGUUGUACAAAGACCCCCCUCAGCCACAUUUGAUGGGAAGCAGCAUCUUCUGAGCCUCCCUGUUGUGAACAGCAUCGACUAUGUGCUUCGUUUUCUGAAGAAGCUGUGCCGCAGCUUGCAAUGUGAAAACCUCUUCAGUGAUCAGCCCAUUACCCAGCACAGUAGUGGCUCCUACCAGUCAGAUGCUGAAACAACUAUGGGCGACGACUACCACUUAGACCAGUCAGAUGGAAAACGCUACUCCGUGGACCCCGGCGAUUCUGCUUUCAGUUCCAUAAGCUCAUCCUACUCACCAAAGUCCUCCUACGGGUUUCGAUCGUCACAGCAGUUCUCCAACAGCUCAGCCUCAAUGAGCAUGUGCAGGCAGUCGUCCACCAGCCCUAACACAUUCCCAGAGAGCAACAGGACAGGGGGUUAUAACAAUGCAUCUCCGGAGUCCCAGGAGUCCAAGGCUCCCCCCAAUAAGGACCCAUCCACCUGGUCUGUGGAAGAUGUCAUCUGGUUCAUCAGGGAUGCAGACCCCCAGGCUCUAGGCCCCCAUGCGGACGUCUUUAGAAAACAUGAGAUCGACGGAAACGCCUUGUUACUCCUAAAGAGCGACAUGAUCAUGAAGUACCUCGGACUGAAGCUGGGACCAGCCCUGAAACUUUGCUACCACAUCGACAAACUAAAGCAGACUAAGUUCUGAAAACCCUAUACCAUAUCUAUCUUCCACAAACCCAACAGUACAUUUGACAAGGGAUAUGUGUGGGGACCCCAGGUCUGUGAGCCAACUGGAAGAGAGUAGGGUCCCAAAGCGUGAGGUGCAACACUUCCUUUUUACACCACAAUAAAAGCUCCUUUUCACUUAGAAGUAAUACUAGAACUUCAGUGUAAAAAUCCUAGAAAUUUUAAGUAUUACAAGGCAAAUAUAACUGUCAGUCUUUAUGAAGAUGUUUAAAACCAACAUUAGCAUCUUACCAUUAGCAUGAUGUCAAAAAGUAGGAGUAGAGUCAGAACGUAAUGCUGACAUUGUAGGGCUAACAUAAAUGAUUGCAUCUCCAACAGCACCUGCAUUAUAAGUAAUGUCAGCCAGGUUGCAGUUUUUUAAGUAUUUUUAAAGUAUUUCUUUCCCAUCUAACGCACUAUAAAAAGUGGUUUUGUUAGUUUUUUUUACCUGAGGAAAAAUAUUAGGUUAAAUCUACUACUUACCCCUGUAAUAACUGGCCUUUUGGCCCAUUGGUGGCAGUGGAAAUACAGUAAUCUGUGAACACAACACUGACAUACAGUCAUCUCUGAAGUUAAUAUGGCAACUAUUCCAAUCCAGCAUUUACAGAGCAAUAUUAUCAUUCAUUUAAAGUUAUGGCACUGACACCUGGUAAAUGUAAAUGCCCACUCUCUUUUAGCUCAGUUUUUUUUUUGUCUCUAUUAACUCCUGAGGAAAAUAUCUAGCUUUUUUAGCUAUUAGCACCUAGUCAUUACCUGUGCGGGUCUGCUCUUUGGUGCUGUGCAGGUGGUGUAGUGGGUUGCUACCUGCUGUGGCUGAAAAUGGCGCUGUGAGAGCGAUAAGAGUGACUCAGAACAUUAGAGUUGCAGGCCAGACAGCUAAACAAUUAGCUUAAAUGCAAUUUAAAAAGUUCAGGUGAUAAUUCUUUGCAGGUUCGUCUCCUUUCAAAUUAGCAUUGAAAUAUUGUAAUUAUAAAAAAUAUAGAUUUUAAAGACUUGAGCACAGAAAGUUUGUGUGAACAUUUUUAAAUCUGGUUAAAUAAAUGGUGAAAAAAGAACAGAAGUGACGUCCCUCACUGAAGGAAGUAGGCAUCCUACUCUGGACCUUACUCAGUCUACAUUUGGACCAGAUUUCAGACUAAAACCCUUUAGACUGUGGAAUGCAUCCUCAAUAUUACAUGAUAACAAAAUGUAAUCAGUAAAAGAAGGCCAGGGUAAGCGAACGUUUUGUUUCACAAGCCUUCGUGAGCAGCACAUAUAUAGUAUAAUCAUCAUCUGACAAGAAAUGUAUAAGAGAAAACACUUUAUAACUUAUGAUUGCUCACACUUUGUCAGAUCUCACUAUAGGAUCUUGUUUACUUGUAUUUACCAAGGUGAAAACAUAUCUAUAACUGUACUGAAAAAUGGUGCAUUUAAAUACCACGUUGCUUUUCGAUUGAUAGAUUUAGAAAAUCCUUUUGGUACUAUUUUUCACAUUACCUUGUAACAAAAUUGUAAUGUUCCCAUUGGGUUUGUCAUUCUUUUUUUAUUAUUGUUUUACUAUUAAAAAGCAAGCAAAACAUAACAUAGAAAGACAGCAGCUCUCUUGUUAGUAUGUAUAAAGAAAAAUGAGAGUAUUUGUGAAUGUGAUAUAUUUAUGUUUCAGUAUGCAAGAAUGUUACAUGCCAAUUAUCUCCAUAUACUUUACAUGUAUAUGAACAUUUUAAAUUCUUUUGUUUCUAUUUUUUUUAUGCAUCAACAUUGAUACAAGUUUUCAAAACACAUCGAGCACUUAAAUGUUACACUGAGAAAACCUAAAUGGCGAUGUACAUGGGUAUAUAAUAUAGUACUGCCUUUGUAUACCACUUUGGUGUACAGUAUGCAUCCUUUUGUAACCAAUUAACCUUUGUAAGUGAAUGCUGCUGUAAAGAUAUUACAUGUAAGCCAUGACUGGUGAGAUCAAGCGAUGUUUUAUUUUGAAAAUCACAACAAAUAAAGAGUUUUAGAGAAAGCUGAGUGGAUCAGUAGCUACUCAAUGCUGGUGCUAAAAAAAUCAUCUAUGUAUUAAACUGUUUGCUUUUGUGUUUGUGAGAUGUAAUGGAAAUCCUAUGUGUACACUGUACUGUAUGUGAGUAUUAAAUUAAGAACUCGA